UGCUAAGUAAUGGAGUCGUCCCGCGUCAACUCAACCGGCGGCGAACGCGACGGAAAUACGACGGAGGAGAAUCUGUCUCCGGCGGAGAUGUAUCGACGAGGUGAGUCUCGGUUGCAACUUUCUCAGUUCCAACCGGACAUUCAUAGAGCUCUCGACAAACAGCUGUUUCGAUUCCCGACUGGUCUUGAUGUCGAAACCCUAGAUUCCUCUUUCGCUAUGCUCUCCCUUCGUCAGCAGAAUCCGUUACUUGACAAUCGUUGGACCAAUCGAUCGUCACUGCAGCAAAAUCAUCAAGGGAUCAAUGGCGGCGGAGAUGUUGGCGGCGGGGGUUGGUCUCUUCCUCCUCAGCGUGAAGUAGAUUUGCAACAGAUGAUGAAUCACUACUUUCAAAGAACAUCGUCGACCCUGAACGAUUACGUUAACGGAGGAUCGUAUGGGCAGAGUAGUGUUUCGCAAGACGUUCCUGACUUGUCGAGAGGUCGCGACUAUGGGUUUGGUUCUUGGAGGAGCAACGAAGGUUUCGUGAAUCCGUCGUCUCUGUCUCUAGAGAACGAGAGAAUGGGACCCAUUGCUUUACUUGCUAAGGAUCCAAAAUCGACCCUUGUAUUGCAGGAGAAGAUCGAUGAGGGUUCCAAGGAGACCAUUGAUGUGAUCUUCAACGAUGUUAUCUCUAGCAUCUAUGAGUUGAUGGAACACCCGUUCGCUUCUCAAGUCCUUCAGAAGCUUAUGCACGAGUGUAGCUCUCAACAGAUCAGUCAUAUUAUCGAUGUGAUCACUCUGAACCAGUUAGGAUUUGUUAAAAUGUGCAUUGAUCCUGUCGGAACCCGUUCAAUACAGUCGCUGUUGAGCUGUCUUCAUUCUGAAGAACAAAUUCUGCGGCUAGUCGGAGCUGUUAGCGUGGGAAUACUUGCAUUUACAAGGAGCAACGGUGCUAAACACGUGAUUAUGCAAUGCUUCAACCAGUUUCCUCCCUCUCUGAAUCGGGAUCUUAUUGAAGUUUUAGUUCAGAACUGUUUCGUGUUAGCAAUUGAUCAACAUGGCUGCUGCAUGCUUCAGCAAUGUCUUGGUACUGGUUGUGAGCUGCUAACGAAACGUUUGAUUCGUGAGAUAAUCGCUAGUGCGCUGAGACUCUGCGUGAACAACUUCGGAAACUAUGUGGUGCAGUAUGUAGUGGAGCUGAAUGAUCCAAACGUAACAAUUUUGCUCGUGCAACAGCUUUUUGGGAACUACGCGCUCCUCUCCCGUAACAAAUACGGAAGUCACGUUGUGCAGAAGUUCUUGAAAAUACACUAUAUCGACCAUAGCAUGAUCGUAUAUGACUUGCUUAAAGAUAUUGAUACACUUCUUGUAGACCCUUUUGGAAACUAUGUCAUUCAAACUGCAUGGUUUGUGUGUGAGGACGUAUUGCGCGUCAUUUUGAUGAGGCAUAUAGAGCGUAAUAAACCAUUGAUGAGGUGCAACAAGUUUGGGAAGAAAGUUCUGGAUAAACUCAAUCUCUAGAGCCAAAGGUUAAAGAAAGAAAGAAAGAAAGAAAGAAAGAAGAAUG